UGUUUCAAAAUUUACUGUCAGUACUGAAAAUUAAUCGUAGACGAUAUACAUAUUUUUUCCACCUCAAAUGUUAUAUUGAAUUAAAAAUGUACCGCAUUCCUUUUCAAGGGUUUUGCAUUGAACAGAUGGACUGAAAUCAAUGUUGUUUUACAUGAAUCUCUUCUUUUCGUGAUAAAGACGAUGGUGUAAUUCACAAUAAUAUUAAUUGCCAUUAAGUACAUUAAAAAUUUGAACAAAAUAAAGUUAGAAAAAAUUACAGAAUUUUUAAGUCUCGUAUUUUUGUUAAUUUUUAAUUUAAAAAACCGAACAGUUUUGUAAAAGUAAAAAAUCUAGAACCAAGAUAAAAUGGAUUUUGAAUAUGGUUUAAAAAGAAUAAUUAUUUUAACAAACAAAAGUUGAAGAAAACGAUAGUGGAAAAAAUAAAAACAAUUAAUUAAUUUUAAUUUGCUAUAAAAUUGUAAAAAUGUUAAUUGUUUCUUAAAUACAGAAUACAUUAUUAAAGUAAAAGAAAUUAUAUUUUAUGACUCCAAGCAGCAGUUGCUACACUAUAUUGUCCUAUGGUUUUCACACCUUGCAUCUUACAUAAACGCAGUACCUCCUUUUUUAUAGCAAGUGCUCAUCCGAACUGUAAACAUAAAAAAAACAGGGUUUUGUAUGGUAUCUAAAUGAAAUGCAUACGUCAGAUUGGGGUGUAAAUGUACCCCACUUUUACUUUAUGUCUGUACUGCUUGGAAGCUAAUGCCAGCUAAUGUCUCUCUAGAUUCUUAAGAUUUAAAUUUGCGUUGGAUUACAAAAUUACCCUGAGAUGACGUUCAAAGGUUAAUAGUAUACGCAACAUGGACUGUAAAUUUUUAAUACUAAUAGUGAAUUUUGGAACGCAGCCUAAAUAUACAUCUAAAACAGACUUACAAAUAUCUUGCUUCGCGAAAUGAGAUCCUUAAACUGAACAUAAUCAUGGUUGUAUUUCGAAGCAUGACAGUGGAUGAGUACAAGAAUAAUUAUAUGACAUUUCAAUUGCUGUACGCAUUUCAUCGAACUCCAUUCGGGAAAUGUCUUAUUGCCAUAACUGACAUCGAUGAAGAUAUAGCUUAUUUGACAUUUUUUGAUAAUGAAACGACAGCUCUCGCAGAUUUAAAAGCAAAAUGGCCAUUGACUCGCACAUUAGAGGAUACUAGAAACAAGACGAGCGUUAUCGUUGCGAAAAUUUUUAAUCCCGACGAUUCCCAUCUUCAUGUUCGUGUCAUCAUGAAAGGCACAGAAUUCCAAAUUAAAAUUUGGAAAUCUUUGAUAGGAAUCCCUAGAGGGACGUUUACUACGUACGAGGAAGUCGCACGAAUGGCGGAUUACAAUCCUAAAGCGGCAAUAGCAGUGGGAAACGCAAUUUCCAAAAAUUAUAUUGCUUACGUUGUGCCAUGCCAUCGUGUAUUAUCAAAGAACAUGUAUCUUCAUGGCACUAAGUAUGCCUGGGGAAUUGAACGGAAAAAAGCCAUUCUGGAAUAUGAAAAGCAACUUUUGUCAUAAAUUAAUAUUUAAGUACAGAGACAGAAUAUAAUGUUUUUAAUAUAAAAAAGUAUUUUACAAA